AAGACAUACUACAUGCCACUGACCUCAUUUCGUAUCUAUAUGUGAACACAAUAUUGUAAUUUUAGCAAUUUUUAUGAAGUAUUGCUCUAAUGAAAAUAGAAGAGAAAAUGUUUCUGGUGUAUAUAAUACUCAGUGUUAUUCUAUUUGGGAUGGCAAAGACUGAAACUGAAACAGAAGCUGCUAUUCUAAAACGGUUGGAUAUAUAUGAAGGUGUAAUUCAAGAGCUUCUGCUUAAAGUGGAUACAUUAAGUUCACAAGACCAACUUCAAAAGGUGCAAAUUGCCAGCUUGGAAAAUAAGAUGCAAGUCCAACAUAAACGUACCAUCCAUUUGGAAAAUCUAAUUAGGCGACUGACUGUGAACCAUAGAAAGAGAAUGCAAAGAAGAGGAGAAAAGGCAACAACAGUUGAAGCCGAAGUGGAGACCGAUGCCAACAGAGAAAAUGGCCAACACAUAAAUAGGAUAAGGAGACAAGAACCUGAAACACAAGUCGCCUUUUUCGCCAAGAUGGAAAAUCAUUUAGAACAUGCUGGCGUUCAUCAACCUUUUAUUUUUGAAAAUGUCGUGACAAAUAUUGGAAAUGGGUACAAUCCGCAUCUAGGAUCAUUCGUUGCUCCAGUGUCAGGAACAUACGUGUUCUCUACGACGCUUGUUUCAUUCUUCCAUGUCAGUGGCAAUGCUCAAUUUGUCAAAAAUGGAAAAGCAAUCACAACAAUGUACGUAAGUGGUGUAGAGUCCGGAAAUGAUACCACAGGCCAAACUAUUGUUCUUCAGCUUCAAAAAGGAGAUGAUGUUACAGUACAAAACCUGGUGUCUGACAAGUCGUUCUAUGGUCAUGGACAUAGCAUCUUUUCUGGAUUUUUGUUGUAUGAAAACUAUACAAGUCCUAUUGUUGGGAAAUAAUAUAAUGAAUACAAUAUAUAUGUAAGC